AUCAUCGCGACCGGCGAAGUGCGCGCCGCUCCGAGCUCCGCACCAGAGACACCCUGAGGAGAAAUACCGUCUUUUUGCGAAAUGCUUUCAAUAAAAUAAGGGCACUCUUUUUUUCCUGAAGCAUUUUCGACCUGUACAGAUUUACACAUUUUGAAUGGUUUACCUCCGUUAUCACCUGCUCUGAAGGCAAGCGGCGGUUGAUCUGAGGCGACGCGGCAUUCCUGUGGACUUUUGACUCGGCGACGCGCUCUACUUAUGAGAAGGUCUCAGCCGGCAGUGGUGGUGUAACCUCCAGGCUGAGGAUGCUUGGGGUGCUCCGCUCAACAGGCCUCCAGUCUCUCCUGGCUGUGUGUCUGCUCUUCACCAUUGAAAACGGGAUGGUAAGCUGUGACACCGUGGUAAACAUGCGCAGGGUGACCCACCAAAGGGUCCAGGAGCCGCUGUCGGGUACGGCUCUCAUGCCUUGCGUCUUCACACUUCGCCCGAGUCCAUCUCACGAACCUCCUCGUAUCAAAUGGACCAAGCUGUGGGGACAGCGCGGCCCGGACGGUCUCCAGAAGCAGCAGUCAAUUUUGGUGGCGAAAGAUAAUAUCAUUAAGGUGAAGAAAGCUUUUCAGGGUCGAGUCACGUUGCCGGGGUACUCGAAGAACCGGUACAACGCCAGCUUGGCUCUGUUGGGCCUUCGUUCCAGCGACUCGGGAAUGUACCGCUGCGAGGUUGUGGUCGGCAUAAAUGACGAACAAGACACGGUGCCCCUUCAGGUCACAGGAGUGGUAUUUCACUACCGGGCCCCUCACAACCGCUACGCGCUAACCUUCGAAGAUGCCAAAAGGGUUUGUUUGGAGAACUCCGCCUCGAUUGCCACACCCGCCCAGCUGCAGGCCACCUUUGAUGAUGGCUAUGACAACUGUGAUGCCGGUUGGCUGUUGGAUCAAACUGUAAGGUACCCCAUCCAGUCUCCACGACCCGGCUGCUACGGCGACAGGGAGGACUCCCCCGGCGUGAGAAACUACGGCAUCCGAGCUCCCGAUGAGAUGUUCGACACCUACUGCUUUGCAAACAACAUACAGGGUGAGGUGUUUCACACGAGUGCGCCAGAGAAGCUAAGCCUGGCCUCUGCCUCCAUUCACUGCCACACUCUCGGAGGUCAGCUGGCUACGAUCGGGCAGCUCUACCUCGCCUGGCAGGCAGGUUUAGACCGCUGCGACCCCGGCUGGCUGGCCGAUGGCAGCGUGCGUUACCCUAUCAACCUGGCCCGACGUAACUGCGGGGGAGAUGAACCAGGAGUUCGGACUCUUUAUCACAACCCCAACCGCACCGGCUUCCCAGAAACGACCGAUCUAUUCGAUGCCUACUGUUACCGAGAGCAGCCGAUGUUAUUCCAGCAGACCCUGGAAACCGAUUUUAACACUUCAAGCGAAGAAGAGGUCCAGCUCCAAAGAAACCGAGCCUUUCCUGAACCUUCCACCUGGACUGGUCUGGUCAAUCUGGAGAAGGAAGAUUUCAAAUCCAUUAUAAACAACGAAUCCUCCGAAAUCUCAGAGGAGCAUGUUGUCAUCCACCUCAGGCCUAAAGAGCAGUACGUUGACUGGAAAGACGAAGGCUUCAAGGAUGCUGCAGAGAAACAAGAGAACCAUCAAGGGGGCUCGGCGAGAGAGGAAAUCGACGAGAAUGACGACGUGAUGGGAGCCGAGGCAUCUCCUGACCCCUCUUCAAUCACACCAUCCUCCUCCACACAAGCUCAAACCAGCAACAGCGUGAUCGCCAACUUUGUGAACUCAAUCAUGAAGCCAUUGAGGUAUUGGACGGGAACUGGAGAUACCGAGAUACCAGCCACGGAGUCCAGCAUCUUCGAGGGAACCUCAGAAUUGGCCCCACUUGCCAGGACAAAGCCAAGCAGAGGGAAAGCUGACAAGCGUGGUGUUGGCAAUGCCGUCUUGGAGCCUGAUACCAAGGAACAUUCAUACAAUCCCACCUUGACAGAUCCAGAGGUGGAGCUCCUGGAGCAGGAGAAAGAGGUGGCAUUCGUGGCUGCACAACAGAGCCAAAGUAAAUCUGAAAUGGAACCGUCAUAUCCACAGAGCAUCAGCUUCACUGGGACAUCAACAGGAGCGAUUGGAUCGGGAACGGAUGAUACGACCGUUUCUCCAAGUGUCUUGUCGGCUGACAACAACUUCCAUGCAGCGUCGAUCCGGAGCAGUCAACAAUCGUGGAUGCUAAAGUCCUUGAAAGGCUCAAAAAUCAGCACUACAGGAGAUAAUGAGCAGUUUAUGUCUCAAUCCAGCAGUCCGAUGGAAGCCAAAGGAGGAGGAUUGGAGAUCAUCACCAUUCCUGGUUUCAAGAACAACCCUGAAAACUUCUCCGGGGACCUGAAUGAGGAUAGUUACACGGUUCCCAAUGGUCCUUCACCGCGAUUAUCCGCGGAGGAUGGAAAGGACGCUGAGGGAAGUGGAGGGAAAGAGUUAGCGUUCAUCCUCGAAAGCCAAAUGAAAGGAACUGAGCAAUCCAGUGACCACAGCGUUCCUCUGGAGACCACAGUCAGAUGGCAGCUCCAGACGACUCAAGUUAGAGAAGAAUCCAGUUCUUCUAAACCCGGCCAUGAGGAAGCUAAAGGUGAAAUUCUUUAUGUCCAUCGUCCUAUCGAGAAGCCCAAACUUAACCAAAUAAAUUUGCCUUUUGUUGAAAGGAAGCAAGGGGUAAAUUUGACAGAUGCACCUGAAAUAGACACUUCCAUGCCAAGCCCUGUUACAGCAGCUAUCGUUUCGGAACAGGACGAGCUGGAAAACACCUCAAACACCCCGUCUGGUGAUGUCACCACUACUGAAGGAAUACUGUGUACUCCCAAUCCAGCUGUUUCAAGCACAUGGCUGCCUGUAGUUCAAGAGGAAGUAGGGCAUCCAGAGGUUACCACAACAGUGAAUGAAUCUGAACUGAAGAUGACUCUUAAUACAGUUCAACCAACAAGUCCAGGUACUACGAAUCCUGCACACUGGGCUGAGUCCAGGUCUGGAGUAUCAGAGUCAUUUGUGUUGGCUGACAGAUGGAGAACUUCUGAACUGAGUCCUACAGACGAACCUUUGUCUGAGUCCACUGGAAGCUCAGAGAAAGAAAGAGCAAACAAAACAGAGGCCGAUGAGGAAACAAGCAUGUCUAAAACCUCAGCGGAGCAGGACCCGUGCGAGACCAACCCGUGCCUGCACGGUGGCAGCUGCCUGAUGGAGGGGGAGGGCUAUAGUUGCCUUUGCCCUCAGGGUUAUUCUGGAGAGAGCUGCGAGAUCGAUAUUGACGAUUGCCAGUCCAAUCCGUGUCAGAAUGGAGGCACCUGUAUCGAUGAGAUCAACUCUUUUGUAUGUCUGUGUCUGCCCAGCUAUAGUGGAGCCACCUGUGAGAAAGACACGGAGGGUUGCGAGCACAGCUGGAGGAAGUUUCACGGUCACUGCUACAGAUACUUCACUCGCAGACACACCUGGGAAGAUGCAGAGAAGGACUGCAGGGACCACAGCGGCCACCUGGCCAGCAUCCAUUCCACACAAGAGCAGGACUUUAUUAAUGAUAUGAGUCAUGAGAACACAUGGAUUGGUUUGAAUGACCGGAUGGUUGAAGAUGACUUCCAGUGGACUGAUAAUAUGGAUCUGCAAUACGAGAACUGGAGAGAGAACCAGCCGGAUAAUUUCUUCGCGGGCGGAGAGGACUGCGUGGUUAUGAUCGCCCAUGAGAACGGCAAAUGGAACGACGUGCCCUGCAACUACAACCUGCCCUACAUCUGCAAGAAAGGCACAGUGUUGUGUGGAUCUCCACCGACAGUGGACAACGCCUUUGUUAUUGGCCGGAAACGUUCGCACUACGACAUACACUCUGUGGUGCGUUACCAGUGCGCAGACGGUUUCAUCCAGCGCCACAUCCCCACCACCAAAUGCCGUGCUAACGGCAAAUGGGACCGACCCAAGAUCAUCUGUACGAAAUCACGGCGAUCUCACCGCAACAGACGCCAUCAUCACAAAUCCCACCACGAGCACAGAAGGCACAAGCGGCACGGGUCAGGGGGUCAUCGAGGUCAACGAGGUCAACAGGCGGGUCAUGGCCAUUUCUAACCAAAUAACCCCUUUCGCCCACACCUGCAAAUCAACAAAUCCUUUCCAACAGCCUUUCACCUAAACCUCCUUAUCUUCGAUACCCACCCACCUUUCACCUUUUCCACUUCAUAUCUGGCUCAGUCUACCCCCUUAUGACCAGAGGGGGCGCUGCUGGACCUCACAAGGACUAUGACACUUUUCCUUAUCGCUCUUAUUUAUUCUGUUUCUCUGUUAAUGUUUCAUCCUUUUAGCGGAAGGUUCUUUCGUACCUUCAAUGUAGAAACACUCUAACUGUUUAUGUAUUUUUACAUAAGCAUUAAUGGAGAGGGUGGGCUAGCACUCAAUGUAAAUAAACUGUAUUUCAUUUCAAAACACAGGAUCGUAUCAGAAUGGCCAAGAUAUGCUUCUCGUGUUUGCUGUUACAAGAUUUUGAAGGGGAUUUCUUGAUUGUUUUGUCGAUUUUUUUGCUCUUUCUAAGACGUUAUCUUGAUUUAUACAAUAUUUGAGUAUUGACGUGUUUUUUGAUGAGAGGAGUGGUGUUCAUCUAGAUUUUUUCUUACUUUUUUAGAAAAGUAACAUACUUUUUUUGGCAAGUUUUAAAGUGGUAGUUCACCUAAAAAAAUCUUCAUUCUGUCGUCGUUUACUCAUUUAUUUGGUGUUCAAUACCUGUUUGACUUUCUUAUUGCUGUGAAACACAAAAGGAAAUGUUGGGCAAAAUACUCGAUGUUAUAUUUUCCAUAUAAAGAAAGUCCCAUAGACUAUUUAAUGGUAGUUCUAUGUGGCUUUCGCAGUUUUGACAGCCCGGCAACCCCAGUUCCCAUUCACUUUCUUUGUCUACAAAAGGGCCACCAUCACCUUUGUGUUCCAUGGAAGAAAGUAAGUCAUACUGGUUUAGAAUAAUAUGAGUGAAUAUUUUAAUAAAGACAUUUUCUUAGUGAACUUACUUUAAAAAGGAGAAUUUACCAAAAAAUUUACAUUUCGUCAUUUUGCUAAUAAUGAAGAUUGUUGGUAACCAAACAACAUUGGCUUCCAUUGACUUCCAUUGUUUGUACACAAAACCACUGAGACAAAAUAUCUACUUUUGUGUUUGAAAGAAAAAGGUCAUUUACAGGUUUUCAACAACAUGUAGGUAAACAAAUGAUAUACUUUUUAUUUUCGUGUGAACUGACCCUUUAAACUACUUAAUACAUUAAAACAGUACCUUUAAAAAACAUCCUUCGACAAACUAACUAACCAAUUGCUGGUGGCCACUUCUGUCGUCGCACAGAUUUCUUAACACUCAUGUUUUUCCCAUUUACAGUAAUUGACUUGACAAGAAUUAGUUAGACAAGAUGUGUCACUGUGUAGUCUAGUGCUGUUGGUGGUCUCGCCAUCUGAUAUUGAUGGUCUGUGUCAUGACCUCCCACUCUCUCACCCACAGUGGAGAAAUUGUCCUGUCACACCCUGUCAGUAAGAGGAAAGAGAAAGUAAGAUAGAAUCAGACGCAAUCUCUGGUUCUCACUGUGCUCGGCGACAUACGACAGAGUCGAUGAAAAAGAACUCUGAGGUCGCAUGCGAAUUCCCAUAAGUGCAGCUAAAAAGAAAGUGGCAUGUUUAAAUGUUAAAAGUGCUCACGUCUGCUUCCAGCGCUGAAGAUCACAAGGUUAAAAAGCAGACUACAGCCGUUCGGGAUGCAGUGUUGUUGUCGUGUCCCUUUAGAGUUGACAAUAUGUUAGUGUUUCUCGAAAUUCCAGUUAUUGCUUUCGCACCAGGUGCGUGUCCUGCUUUUCAAAGAGUACAGCGACAGCUGACUCAGAUCUGGACUGCUUCUUAUUUUCUACCCUUUAAAGCAACCGUCUUACCCCAGAAAAGAGCCAACUCAUUUCUCUUACCCUGUGCUUUGUGCUUAUCUCGGGCUUUUUCCCUCUCGGUCCCUCAUGAGAUUACAAACGUAGCCCAGUUCUGCACCACAACCUUCUUAUUUCUCUCUGCUCGACGUCAGCGCUUUGGCAGUCUUUCGCUAUGUACGUUCGUCCAAAUUUUUGAUAAUAAUAGCAUAUAUGAGCCAGCAGUCUCAAUUACUAGAUCUUUUUUAUUCCUCAAGAAUGAAUGACAAGGUCGAAGGCCUAACCUUAUUCAAGUUGUUCAUUUUAUUAUUUGUUUAUUUAUUUGCAUUGUAAUUUAAUAUUUGUUGUGUUGUAUGAUUAUUUUAUCAAUUUAUCUGUUUUCUUUUUGUUGUUUAAUACCAAUUUUUCUAUUUAAUUCAAUUUAAGCCCCACAGGAAUAGAUUCGGAUUGAAACGUUUUUAUUAUUUCCUCUCCAACCACCAAAUCUUUCACAUGGAUAUAAUUUAACUGAAUAUGUUGUUUUUACAUUUUCGAUGUAAAACAGUUUGUGAAUGUUGUUUUGUGUUGACUUUAAUGGGAGAGUCCACCCAAAAAAACAAAAUCUGUCAUCAUUUCGAAACCUGUAUUUGACUCACGAAAGAAGAUAUUUUGAGAAAUGUCUCAAAUGUGGUUUUGUAAACUUUGAUGAGGUCAUGUUUUUUUGCUCACAGACAUUUUUCAAAAUGUCUUCUUGGUUGUUCUACAGAAGAAAGAAUGACAGGUCUCGAAUGAUUAAACCGUAAAAUAAUUUAGAUUUUGGGGUGAACUAUACCUUUAACGUCCACAUAUGAUAUCCAUUAAAUUCUUACAGCAGUUUGUACCAAUGUCGGGCUUAAGGACUGGAACCCAACAUCCAAACAGUCGUAUAUUAGCUGCUAAUAUACCUCUGCAUCACACUAAUAGCACUUUACAGCCAUCAGCCAGUGACGGAAGCCAGAUGGCAAACAAUGUGGCAACUUAAUUGCGAGUCUCCGUUAUGAAAAUGAACUUCUAAACAGAGGUUGUUCACAGCUGCCUGUUGGCAGGAGCUCUAAAGAACCGUAAGAGGCAGCUGCGGGGUUUCCUCGUUGCACGUCUUCUGACUAAUUGCCGGCGAGAAAUCACUAUCCCUGAGGUUGUUAUGCUAUCGCGCCUCCCCUUUAGAGUCGCGUUUGUUAAACAGACUCAAUCGCAUUGUAUCUGCCCGGCUUUUGAUUUGCUGCAUAUUUUGCAAACAGUUUUCUGUCUGAGCAGAUGCAAGUGAGAAUCCUGAUUCUGUUGUGAUGAAAUGGACACAUUGUGCGAUGUUAACGUUUGCAUUUUGUAUUUGUUUGAAAGCAGUGAAAAGGAAGCAGCGAGGUAGUCAGGUGUCCAGCGUCCUCUGUUCUGGAAGUAGCAGAUGCAUAAUACACUUAACCUGAACCUCCGGCGUUCCCCGUUCACCUACAUUGUGCAACAUAAGUAGUGUAAGUGUCUACCAUAAUACUCUUUUUUUGCACAUAAUCCUGUCUGUAUAUAUUCCACCCCAGCUGGUUUAAUUACAACUUUGCCGAGACAGACAGAGACAAGAAACCAAUUUUAACCAAAAAUGCCCCAAUCGAAUAUACAGCCGUAUUCAAACCUUACGAACAGUCUUGAUAUCUGUUAAGUCUUUAAACCAUUUUUGUAUUUACAGUUAUAGCUUUUCUUUCGGUACAUUCAUCAUUUGUAAGAUAGAAGGGCAAGCCAGCAAUUAUUAAUAGGCCACCGUACCCCGCUGCUGGAUGCUGUAAAUUCAUUCCUCCGGCUGUAGAAAAACAACCUUGCUUUCCACAACCAUAAAACCUUAUGACACCACUCCUCAACUACGUGAUGUACAGACUUCAUUCUGUUUAUAAUCUCGAUGUUUCUGCCCGUUUUUUAGCAUUUUAUUUAUUUGCAAUCACUUUUUUUAAAUGAAAAGCCGUAUAUGUUCGUUGCCCUGGACCUCGUGCAUACAGGCUGACUCCUCAUCCUGCAUCGGAAUCACCAGUCGGGUUUGUUGUGUAGGUUAACGUUGAGAUGUUAUGUUUACUGUCGUGCGUUUAUGUAUUUCUUUAUCGGGGGGAUUGAGUCAGGCUGUGUGAAUGUGGUUCAUGUGUGUUAAUCAAUAUUUAUUGAUGUUCUUAUGGAUUCUAGUUCUGUCAUUGUAUUAAAUUCUUUACCAAACAAGUGGUCAAUUAAAAACAUUGGAUGCGAUCGUUGCUAAUGUUUUAUUGAUGAGUUUUUUAAUUGUUGUCAUCAGCUCUGGGGGGGGGGGGUGUGUUGCUAUGUAGCUCUGCUUUUAAAGAAACAGUUUACAUUUGGUCAUGUAGUCAUCGUCAUGUUACCAAUAUCAUUUUUUUUCUUAUGUGUAAUACAAAAGAAGAUAUUUGGAAUAAUGGCGCUUCAUAUAAGGAUCAGAGAAUGUCAAAAAUGUAAAACAAUGCUUCGAAAUGUUAAAACAAGUCUCCAAGAUUCCCAUUAAACAAAGGUUAAAUACUUUGAAAUGAAAGUUGGAUAUGCACAGACCAUCAUUUUAAAAUAAAGUUGUUCGGAU